AUGGAGCCCAACGGGACGGCGGCGGCGGGGGGCAACGGGACGGCGGGGGGCGGUGGGGGCGGCGGGGGACCCCCCCGGGGUGGAGGCCCCCUGCUCAUCCCGUCGGCGUUCGGGACGGUGCUGUCGGUGAUGUACGUGGCCGGGGUGGCGGGCAACGUGUACACGCUGGUGGUGAUGUGCCACUCGGCGCGCUGCGCCGCCCCCAUGUACAGCUCCAUCGUCAGCCUGGCCCUGGCGGACCUGCUGUACCUCUCCACCAUCCCCUUCAUCGUCUGCACCUACCUGGCCCAGGACUGGUACUUCGGAGACCUGGGGUGCCGCAUCCUGCUCAGCCUCGACCUGCUCACCAUGCACGCCAGCAUCUUCACCCUCACCCUCAUGUGCACCGAGCGCUACCUGGCCGUCACCCGGCCCCUGGACACCCUGAAGAGGUCGCAGGGCUACCGCAAGGUGACGGCGGGCGCCGUCUGGUCGGUCUCGCUGCUGCUGACGCUGCCCAUGAUGCUGAUGGUCACCCUGACCGAGGGGAGCAAGGCGGAGGGCAAGGUGAAGAGGAUGUGUGCACCCACCUGGAGCGUGGACGCCUACCGGACCUACCUGACGGUGCUGUUCAGCACCAGCAUCAUGGCCCCGGGAAUCAUCAUCGGCUUCCUCUAUACACGCCUGGCCAGGACCUACCUGGAGUCUCAGAGGAACCCGCCCCACAAGGAGAAGAGCAAGAGGUCCCCCCGGCAGAAGGUCCUCAUCAUGAUUUUCAGCAUCGUGCUGGUCUUCUGGGCCUGCUUCCUGCCUUUCUGGAUCUGGCAGCUGGUGCGACUCUACAGCAGCUCCCUGCAGCUCACCACCCAAACCCAAAAGUGCAUUAACUACCUGGUGACUUGCCUGACCUACAGCAACAGCUGCAUCAACCCCUUCCUCUACACCCUGCUCACCAAAAACUACCGGGAGUACCUGCGUAACCGGCACCGCAACUUCUACAGGUUCACCUCCUCCUUCCGCAAGAGGGGCUCCAACCUGCAGUGCUCCUGGGGACGCUCCAUGUCCUCCAGCAACCAGUACGACUACAGCUCGGAGGCCUUGGGCAUGGCCACGCUGAAGGACAAGUGAGGAAGAGGAGGCUCUCUGGAGACAUCAGGACCAGAAGAGCGUCUGGCCAAGGGCUUCUCUCAUUCCAUUCGACCUCACGUUCCAUCCUGGGAGGAAUUACGUCAGGACUGGAUCCCCAAUGCCGUGGUCUGGGUUGCAAGUGAAGGAGAUGGUGAUGGCAUAGCGAGUGCCCCAGCGAAC